GUGUGAACCAUUGACCUCUCAUGUGUUGUAUCUGCCACUUAUUUUCUCAUGAGAAAAUAGGACUUUAAGAAGACCAUUAUGUUGGUUAGUUUACCAUUUCUGUUGGUAAUCAGGGCAUUGUGUAAGAUGUGUUCAGAUUUUUCUUCUACUGACACAUAUAGUGAAAAAGGACUCCUCUGGUCUGAACAAGGAGUGUGAUCCAUUCUAUCAGAAUAGAUCAGACUCUUCAGUACUCUUCAGUAUAUUUAAAGAUGGAGACUCCUGAUCUGGACACAGAUAAUGUUUCUACACCAUCAAACAACUGUAAACUCAAGAAAAAGAGAUCAGAAUCACCAACACUCAGCUGUAUCUCCAUAAAGAGUGACUGGUCUAUGGAUUCUCCUGUGAGGUUUAAAGAUGGAGACUCAUCACUUCUACAAAGUAAACUCCAGAGAAAGAGAUCAGAAUCACCAACACACAGCUGUAUCUCCAUGAAGAGUGACUGGUCUAUGAAUCAUCCUCCUGUGUUUAAAGAUGGAGACUCAUCACUUCUACACAGUAAACUCCAGAGAAAGAGAUCAGAAUCACCAACACACAGCUGUAUCUCCAUGAAGAGUGAUCAGUCUAUGGCUCCUCCAUGGAACUUUAAAGAUAGAGACAUAUCACUUUUACACAGUAAACACAAGAGAAAGAGAUCAGAUUCACCAACACACAGCUGUAUCUCCAUGAAGAGUGAUCAGUCUAUGGCUCCUCCAUGGAACUUUAAAGAUAGAGACAUAUCACUUUUACACAGUAAACACAAGAGAAAGAGAUCAGAAUCACCAACACACAGCUGUAUCUCCAUGAAGAGUGAUCAGUCUAUGGCUCCUCCAUGGAACAUUAAAGAUGAAGACUCAUCGCUUCUAGACAGUAAACUCCAGGAAAAGAGAUCAGAAUCAUCAACACCCAGUUGUACCUCCAUGAAGAGUCAUGAGUCUAUGGAUCAUCAUCCAGAGAUUAAUGUUGUAGACUCUUCACUUCUACACAGGCACGAGCCAGAAUCUGCUGCUGUAAAUGAAUUCAAGAAAAAGUUUAAAUUAAAUCUGAUGAAGAAGUUUCAGUGUUUGAAUGGAGUGAUGAUAAACCUGGGAAACCAAACACUCCUGAAUGAGAUCUACACAGAGCUCUACAUCACAGAGGGAGACAGUGGAGAAGUCAAUAAUGAACAUGAGGUGAGACAGAUCGAGGCAGCAUCCAGGAGAAGGACAACAGAGGAAACACCAAUCAAAUGCAAUGACAUCUUUAAGCCUUUAUCUGAACAAGACAAACCCAUCAGAACUGUGCUAACUAAGGGAGUAGCUGGCAUCGGAAAAACAGUCUCUGUGCAGAAGUUCAUUCUGGACUGGGCUGAAGGGAAAGUAAAUCAGGACAUCCACCUCAUAUUUCCACUUCCUUUCAGAGAGCUGAAUUUGAUGAAGGACCAGAAUCUGAGUCUGAUAGAGCUCCUUCAUGUCUUUUUUAAGGAAAUAAUAGAAACAGAAAUGUUUAGUUUGGAAAAGGUUCUGUUCAUUUUUGACGGAUUGGACGAGUGUCAUUUUCCUCUAGAUUUCCAGAACACAGUGAGAGUGUGUGAUGUAACUGAAUCAGCAUCAGUGCCUGUGCUGCUGAUAAACCUGAUCAAAGGGCAUCUGCUUCCCUCUGCUCUCAUCUGGAUCACCUCCAGACCUGCAGCAGCUGAUCAAAUCCCCUCUGAGUGUGUGGAUCGAGUCACAGAGGUACGAGGGUUCAAUGACCCUCAGAAGGAGGAGUACUUCAGGAAGAGGAUCAGUGAUCAGAGCCUGGCCAAUAACAUCAUCACACACCUGAAAUCAUUAAGAAGCCUCUACAUCAUGUGUCACAUCCCAGUCUUCUGCUGGAUUUCAGCCACUGUUCUAGAGAGAAUGUUGGGUGAAGCAGAGAGUGGAGAGAUCCCCAAGACUCUGACUCAAAUGUACACACACUUCCUCAUCAUUCACACAAACAUCAUAAGAGAAAAAUACUCAAAGAAACAGGAGAGUGAUGAAGAAAUGCUUCUUAAACUGGGACAACUGGCUUUUCAGCAGCUGAAGAAAGGGAACCUGAUCUUCUAUGAUGAAGACCUGAGAGAGUGUGGUAUUGAUGUGACAGAAGCAGCAGUGUACUCAGGUGUGUGUACUCAGAUCUUCAGAGAGGAGUUUGGGCUUCACCAGAGUAAAAUGUACUGUUUUGUUCAUCUGAGCAUUCAGGAGCAUCUCGCAGCUCUGUAUGUGCACCUGACCUUCAUGAAGGAGAAGAGAAAUGUUCUUAAACAGAAUCAAUACUCUAACCAGUGGAUGGAAGAAAAUACAAUCUCAGAUGUACACAAAAGUGCUGUAUAUCAGACUUUAAAAAGUCAGACUGGACAUCUGGAUCUUUUCCUUCGCUUUCUUCUGGGUUUCUCACUAGAGUCCAAUCAGAAACUUUUACAUGUUUUAGUAACACAGACAGGAAGUAGCUCACAGAGCAUACAGGAAACAGUUCAGUACAUUAAGAAGAAGAUAAGUGAAGAUCUUCCUACAGAGAAAUCCAUCAAUCUGUUCCACUGUAUGAAUGAACUGGCUGAUAAUUCUCUAGUGGAGGAAAUCCAACACUACCUGAAAUCUGGAAAACAAAGUGAACUUUCUUCUUCACAGCUGUCUGCACUGGUGUUUGUGUUACUGACAUCAACACAGGAGCUGGAUGAGUUUGACCUGAGUAAAUAUUUCAGUAGAGAUAAGAUAACAGAAGAUGUUGUUCUGAAGAUGAUGCCUGUGAUUGAAGCAUCUAGUAAAGCAAUUAUCAGCUGUGAUUCACUUGUAGCUAAAAGCUGGUCAUCUCUGGUCUCAGCGCUCAGCUCAGAAACCUCCAAUCUGAGAGAACUUCAUCUGACUGUGGAAACACUGGAUCUGUCUGGGAAUAAACUAGGAGACUCAGAAGUGAAGAUUCUCUCUGCUGGACUGGAGAAUCCUCACUGUAAACUGGAGACACUGAAGUUGUGGGAUUGUGGUGUCUCAGAAGAAUACUGUGCUGCUCUGACUUCAGCUCUGAGAUCAAACCCCUCACACCUGAGAUACCUGGAUCUGUCCUUUAAUAAACUAGGAGACUCAGGAGUGAAGAAUCUCUCUGCUGUACUGGAGAAUCCUCACUGUAAACUGGACACACUGAAGUUGUGUGAUUGUGGUGUCUCAGAUAAAGGCUGUGCUGCUCUGACCUCAGCUAUGAGAUCAAACCCAUCACACCUGAGAGAACUGGAUCUGUCCAGUAAUAAACUAGGAGACUCAGGAGUAAAGAGUCUCUCUGCUGUACUGGAGAAUCCUCACUGUAAACUGGAGACACUGAGGUUGUGUUAUUGUGGUGUCACAGAUGAAGGCUGUGCUGCUCUGACUUCAGCUCUGAGAUCAAACCUCUCACACCUGAGAGAACUGGAUCUGUCCAGUAAUAAUCUAGGAGACUCAGGAGUGAAGAUUCUCUCUGCUGUACUGGAGAAUCAUCACUGUAAACUGGAGAAACUGUGGUUACGUUUGUGUGGUGUCUCAGAUGAAGGCUGUGCUGCUCUGACUUCAGCUCUGAGAUCAAACCCCUCACACCUGAGAGAACUGGAUCUGUCCUGUAAUAAACUAGGAGACUCAGGAGUGAAGAGUCUCUCUGCUGUACUGGAGAAUCCUCACUGUAAACUGGACACACUGGGGUUGUGUAACUGUGGUGUCUCAGAUGAAGGCUGUGCUGCUCUGACUUCAGCUCUGAGAUCAAACCCCUCACACCUGAGAUACCUGGAUCUGUCCGAUAAUAAUCUAGGAGACUCAGGAGUGAAGCUGCUGUCUGAUCUUGAUGAUGAUAAACAUUACCAACUACAGACACUGAUUGUGUGAUGAAGACUCCAGCGUUCCUGCAUUGCCAUGAUGGAGAAUAGAGAACAUGUUUAUUAACACAUCACUCAUUUAGUUCUAACACAUUUAACAGACUCAGAGACGUGAGAAGUGUGUGUUCAUCGUGUACAGUGAAUCAGACUAAACACAAUUCUACAGUGAGUUUAUAAUGACCUCUGAUCCCUGGAUAAAAUUCCCUGUACCUCAAUCCCAUAAAAACCUGAGGGAUUAUUUGGAACAGCAGGUGAAAAUAAAGAGAAAUAAAAUGGACAGGAACAGUUUCAGGACAUUGGUGGAUUUCUCACCUGAUAGGCCUGGAGUCUAUCUGAUGAGUUUAUCUGAUGAAGCCCACAGGAGACUUACUACAAGUCACAUGUAUCACUUUGUCCUUUGGGUAAUUAAUGUUCCAGUGAUGUUAUACUAAAUAUCAGAUCUCUUCUAAUCAAAUCAAAUAAAUGUUCCACCACUAACUGUUAUUUAAUGUAGUUCUGGUGGUUUGUGAUUUUACUGUUUGUGUGAUUUAUUAUUUGUUUAUUACUAUAAUAUAAUUUACACUUUUUACACAUGUAUACUAAUAUCUAUAUUACUGGAAAAUUAUAUUGUAUAAAGGUAUUUAAAAUGUCUUGCAUAAAUACAUCAUAGAUUUAGACAAAAUAAAAUACAUAAAUACAAUGUCAUUAUUUUUGUUGUGUAAAAUUAAUAGUCUAACAUUAUGUAGAAAAACAAUUUUUGUUCUUCAAAUAUAUAAUCUAUAUAAAUAUAGUUCUUCAAAAGUAAAUGUAUGUCUAACACUAUAUAUAGUUACAGAAUGUAUUUCUGAAGAGAAUAAAAAUAAAAAUAAAUCACUAUAACAUGUAGGGUUAACAACGUUGCUGAGUUAACACAACUCACACUGGAUCAGUCCACAUUGUACCCAGUGCUGGAUCUCAGAAAUGACCCAAACUGGGUUAUGUUUAAUCUCAGUCAUUUUAGACUGCACCUUUAUGAGGAGACUCACCUGGGAAUGAGUGAAUAUGAGCACAAACUCCUUCUUUCUGUUGUGUAUCAAUCUGUUUUUUACCUGCUUCCCUCUCAUCUGUUUUAGUCAGUAGUGGAAUUAUUAUUAAUGAAUUAUUUUCACUUUGUUUGCUGUGCAGCAGCUAAUGAACACUCAUAAUUUAACCAACAUUAAAAUGUUAUUACAUUUAUUCAACUGUCGUUACAACUUGAUGUAUUGUGCAAUGUAUUGUUUUUAAGCCUAUAAAGCAGUACUAGUGCUGCCUGUGUCUCUGUUGCUAGCACAGCAUGAGAUAAAGCUAAUUCCAGUUUACCCUCCACAAGCCCUGCUCCUUCUCAGUCAUGCAUCCAGCUACAAUCAUGUGCAAAACCAUAGUGGAAAACAUCGGGCUCUAUGCUGUGGGUAAAACACAGCUUGAUAAAAAUAAGCUCUUAUAACAAUUCAAGUCAUCAAGAAGCUUUGCACUGCUCAUCUUUGCAGAUAUGUUGUAGUUCAGCCACAUUGGAGGAUUUUUGAUUAUGAACCGCCUUUAUAAGGUCCUGCCACAGCAUCUUAAUGGGAUUCAGGUCAGGACUUUGACUCGGCCACUCCAAAGUCUUCAUUUUCUUUUUCUUCAGCAUUCAGAGAUGGACUUGCUGGUGUGUUUUGGAUCAUUGUCCUGCCACACAACCCAAGUUCACUUUAGCUUGAGGUUACCAUCAGAUGGCCACACUGUCCUUCGGGAUUUUUUGGUAGACAGCAGAAUUCAUGGUUAUCACAGCAAGUCUUCCAGGUCCUGAAGCUGGGGCUCUAAUUCACACAGGGCCAUGCGGGUUUGGAUUUUGUUUUCCUGUAAUAAUAAAAACCUUUAUUUACUGCA